AUGGUUUUAUAUAAAACUCUUAAAACGUUUUUUACGAAGGAUGACUUUGACUUUGAGUCAACUGAUAUUGAUCUUUAUAAAUUUCACCCACAGAUAAGAAUGUUCCUUGUAUUUAAUGGGAUUUUUUUCAAUAAUACCGAGUCUUAUAUAAGGUUUUGCUGGCCAUUACUAAGCAUUAUAUUAGCGUUGGUUGGAGCAGCAAUUGAAUUGAUGAUCAUACGCCAUGGAAUAGUAACAGGGGAUUACUCAUUGGCCACGGAAUGUUUUUGCUAUUUUAUAAUAUUAACAACGAUCCCUUUAGUUUACAUUAGCGUUUUAUUCGGUAGGACUAAAAUAUUGCAGCUUUUGAAUUCGAUGGAUCGGGACUUUUUAUAUAUUUGUAGAUUGGAAACUAAAUAUAGAAAUUUAUUUCUUAAUGGCCAGCUGUUAAUAUGGCAAUUAUGCAUCACUUGGCUUGUUUUCGCUAUGACUAUUGUAACAAUGUAUUUGAUUUCGACAAUAGCGAUUCUUUUUUAUCAAAGUUUGUUGGCAACACAAACCGAGAAUAUGGUGAGACCGCUGAUGUUUCCAUUGUGGCUACCAGAGGACGAUCCUUAUCGGACACCUAACUAUGAAGUAUUCUUGUUUUUUGAGAUACUCCUAUGCUUGAUGGUACCACAAACAUUUUGCGUUUACGUUUAUGUGCUUUUUCACAUUUUGCUGCAUCAUUACUAUAUAAUGAAUUUGAUAAUUUUCGAUUGCGAAAUUCUAUUCAACGAUCUAGACGAAAGCGUUGUCGAACUUCCACGAAAUGAUCCUAGCCGAAUGAAAGUCCAACUAAUUCUCAAUAAAAGAAUAGAACGUAUCGUGAAAUGGCAUAAUAUGGUUUUUGAGACGAUAAAGGCUGUUUCUUCGGUUUAUGGUCCUCCACUUGUUUAUCAGGUCAUAAUAAGUUCUCUUGCUAUUUGCUUAAUGGCAUAUCAAGUUGCUGAAUCAUUGGAUCAUGGAAAAUUUCAUGUUAUCUUCGCAAUGCUCUGUAUUGCGACUUGCAUUCAACUUUGGAUACCUUGCUAUCUUGGCACACUUAUCAGAAAUAAAGCUUUUUCCAUUGGAGAUGCGAUUUGGAGCGGCGGUUGGCAUGAAACGCCCUUAGGACGUCUUGUGCGACAGAGCCUUAUUAUAAUUAUAAUGCGAUCGCAGAAGCCUGUCAGCAUUAAAUUCACGGGGCUGCCUAAUUUAGAUCUGGAAACAUUUUCAUCGGUAAUGAGUACGUCAUAUUCCUAUUUCAAUAUUUUACGUCAGUACAAGUAG